UAAUUUUAAACAAUUUGUGUAGCUGACCACAUGCUUAAGUGUACAAUAUGGCGUCCAUAGAUAGCGUGAGAAUGCUUCUGCAAUCGCUGCCUGCUCAGCAAACUGAAAACGCGUCACAGUCCGGCGUAACAACGCCGCUGCGAACUAAAAAUCCACAGCAGCCAAUUAUCUCAACUGAAAAGCCGGAGCGGGGAAAUAAACAAAUGCAAUCGCUCAAGGCCGAUGACUUUUGGCGGGACUUGCAUCAAUUUCACGAGCGACGCGGCACGCCGCUUACACAGGCGGCAAAGAUUAGUGGUCAGCAUGUAGACCUCUUUAGGUUGUACAAUGAAGUGACUGAGCGAGGUGGAUUCAAUAAGGUCAACCUACGUGACGAAUGGGACGAGGUGUACAGCUCGCUGGAAACGUUGCGGGAGCGCUGCGUUAAUGGUACGGCAGGUAUUAAGCACAUCUACCGGAGGUAUCUGGACAAAUACGAGCGUCUCAAUUUUUUUGGCGAGGAUCCUGACAAAAUGGAGGCACUAGAGGCGGCAAUUGAGAAUGCAGAACUUGGCGGCAGCAGCAGAUCCCGAUCACGUGCUCUGGCUGGUGGAAGUGGGCUAAGUAGUAUAUUUGGCACACAGCAUUCCAUGCUGACCGCAGUUCCCAUGGCCUAUAAUCAGAGGCAACACAAUAUUAAUUUGGAACGUAGGCGGCAUCACAAGCUCUCCAGUGAUCUGCACAAGCAUAGCAACUACGAGAAACUGAUGCUCUCUCUGCUUUCGCCCCUUCCCAAUGAGCAGGACUUUGCCAUAAAUGUUUGCACGCUGAUGACCAAUGAGGCGAAACACACACUGCGCCUACCGGAGUGUCCCAAGCUGCUGGAUGCGCUGCUGGCCCAUCUGGGUGUAUAUGCUGACUAUACAAUCCGUAAGUUGUUCCAGCAUGGCUAUCAGCAUGUUCGACGGCACUCUCAGUUCAGCUUUUGGCGCGACCUAUUACACGACAAACCACAAAUCCUUGAACUCUAUACGGAUGAGCAAGCUUGGCGCGACAAUGGUUUGAUUGGGAAAGACGAUGAAAUGGGAACUGUUUCGGAUGAAGCAGCACGAAAUGCGCUGUUGGAAGGUUGCGAUGAUCUGGACUUUCUUAAUCUAGGCCGCAGCGAUGGAACUGGCGACUACAUGGGUCAGCGCGUAUUACAAAUCGCGCAAAUUGUACGCAGCCUCAGUUUUCAUGAAGAAAAUCUCACAGUGCUAUCAAAGAAUCGCACGCUUUGGCGCUAUUUGGUCAUGGGUGCCAAUGUACGUUGGAGUAACAUUCACACGCAAGCACUGGAAACGGCGGGCAAUCUAGCACAAGAGUUCGAGUUGCUCGAUCCCACCACUGAUGAACUGUCGCGUAAUUUGCUGGCCACUAUUUGCGAGGGUGUCGACUCAGCAGACCGCAACGUCAUUAUCAAUUGCUUGGAGAUUCUUUACAAGCUGUGCGCCAAGGAGGGCAAUGGCGCACACAUCAAUCGGUGUCUUAGUCUGGACUUCUACCAGCGCGCCAUGCAACUGCUUUCGCUAAGCGAUGUAAUGCUGCUCAUCUUCACGCUGGAGGCCAUCUAUGCUCUAACCUCUCUGGGCGCACGUGCCUGCUCCAUGUUGAUGCAAGUGAACGGUAUUGUUGAACAGUUGGUGGCGCUACUGACAGUAGAGGCGCAAAGCUACGGACCCGAGGGAUGUAUCUUAAUGCGCGUUGUAGAGAUUGUUCCGGGCAACAUGUUGCCCAUGGUGGCCCAAAACAUAGCGAACAUGCAGCAGUCAACAGUGCAACCGGUCCCGGUGGUACUACCUAAACCCGUGGCCUUGCCGCCGCCGCAAAUGCCAGCACAGACGCAGGUGGUGUCUCAAAUUGCUGUGGAACAGCAGCCACCUGCACCAAUCCCGGCAUUGCCUGUGCCCACCCUGCCCCAAGUUCAGAUACCUCCCGCUCCUAUAGCUUCUCCUUUACCCGCUGUUGUGGUCCCGUCUGCUCCUUCUGUUUUGCCCGCUCCUCCAUCGGCCCCACAGAGCUGCACCCAUGAUGAUGAACAGUAUGCGUUGGCUUGGCUGGGCGCCACAUAUGAACGAACCGCAGCCAUUGGGCCUGAGACCCGCGUGGAACAGCAGGAACUUUAUCGUAUCUACCUGGCACACUGCCAGAAAGCGGGUAAGCUCUCUGUGGUCAACCAUAUACAGUUCCCACGGCUCGUGCGCCUUAUCUUCAAUCAGACGGUCGGUCCGGUUAUAGUGCGUCUAUUCGAUGGUACCGAACUGGCAGGUACGCAUUAUGUGGGAAUCAAGAGGCGCGCCCAAGCGCUGCCCAUGAAUCAGCAGCAACAGCCAAAGCCAGCACCACCAGUGGUGGUGCAAAUGCCGUCUUUGGCCAUCGAGAAAAAAGAUCUUCCCGAGAAAUUUGACAGCAGUAAUAUCAGGCCAGAACCAGCCGUUUCACAACUGUCGGCUGCUGUCGAGCCAGCAGCGGAGGAAACUCCUGCCCCUACGCCGAUUCCUGCAGUGGCAGCGACCACCCAGCAGCCCAGCUCAUCGCUGAUAAAAAGUCUCCUUGCAAACAAGGUGACAGAGCGCCAGCAAAAACAGAAAGCUCUGGUUACUCAGGUCCAGAGUACACAACCUCCUAGUCUAGUCGCCACCACAGCAGCAGGAGGUGCCGCUGUUUCGAGCGCUCAACCCAUCAAGGUCACCUCAACGGCUAUUAGUGCCUUUGUGAACAAUCCGCUUAUGCAACACACGCCUGUCAAAGUUGGCCAGACCACCAUAAAGCCCCUGCAUCCCCAGAUGUCACUGGACAAGAAAUCACCGCUAGUAACUGACUCUGCGCCCCCACCACUGGCUCCACUGAGCGGAGCUAAUGUAGUGACAAAGGAUGCCAGCGGCCGUACGGUCAUCAUAGCCGCGGGAAAACGCAAGCUGACUAUUGAUGACUCGGCGACGGAUCAGGUGAAGCGCUUGGCGUUGGAAAAUACGACCCCUGCCGCCGCCAAGGAUGAGCCACAAGUAACGCCAUCCAAAAAUGCAGCAAACCUCUAUGCCGAUUUGGCCGCAUCUAUAUUAGAAGAUGAAGAUCUCGACGAUGUGCCGCCACUAACUAGCACCGCCUUACCCACCCAGGAUCCAGCUACCCAACCACAACAACAACAGCAACAAUUGCAGCUCAUACCAGCCAAGGUCCACAACAGCAAUAUGACGACUCCUGCCCAGCGACAGCUUGUAUUCCCUUCCAGUGGUGGACCACCCCAACUAAAGCUAGCCACUACGGCUACCAUUAAGACCGAUCAGGGUCUGCAAACAGUGCCGGUUAUACUACAGCCCAAAAGCAUGGACAACAUUCCGGCCACAUCGACUCAGCCACAGACGCAGUACGUGCUGGCAACCAAUCAGCAGGGUCAAACGUAUUUGGUGGCACAGCAAACGCAGCCGGCACCACCCCCACCACCGCCCACACAAACUCUGCUUGUUACCCAGUCGCCACAGCAACCUGGAUCUGGCACCAAGACCAUCAUCAUCUUGCAGCAGCAAGGGGGUGGUGGCAUCAGCACCGCGAGUGUCGCCGGCACUCAAAAAAUGCUCAUGACCACAGCGCAGGGUCAACAGGUGCUAGUCACAACAGCACCAGCCCAACCACGGCCACCACUGACAUCACAACAACAGUCGCAGCAGAUCUUCAUCAAUCCUCAGCGUACUGCGCCACAAGUGGGUGUAGGUGCUGGUCAAAUGUCACCCUCCUUGCUAUCGCAGCUAAAUCAAAUACCGGCCACUAUUAAGCUUCAUCAACCCCAGUCUGCCACGCCACCGUCAACCCACCAGCGCUUGGCUAAGACCAGCGCACUGCCUAUACCUCAAUUACAACAACAUCAGUCAAUCAUCCAACAGCAUCUCAUCUCGGGUCCCAGCGAAAAGCGGCAGGUACUACUAGGCGGUGGACGAACGAUUGAGAUCAAGGAGACGCUCAUCACACAGACGCCCACGACACCGCUGCAGCAGAGCCAGCUGAAUUCUCAGACCAUCAUAACUACUCAGCCAACGACAGGAGGCGUUGUACUUCAGCAGCAACAGCAGCACAUACGCUCGGUGCUAGAACAGCAGCAACAACAUCAUCCUUCCAUCAUUCAGCAGAAAAUCAGUUUGCCCGCAACUACAGUAAACUCUCCCUCCACCCAAGCUGUGGUGGUUCAGCAGUCAUCUACAUUGGCUACAACGCACUCAGAAUCGGCCAAACCUACACUAAUGGCUGGAAAUAAGCCAACGAUCACGCCGACAACGGCUGUGGCUAAGAAGCAACCGGCGCCAGCACUGGUGCCUCCAAAUAAACCACCACAGCAAUCGACAACAGCGCCUCCAGAUAUUCCCAAAAUUAUCGCACCUGAAACUAAAUCAUUGGAGCAGCAACAUGUAACAACAGCUAUAACGUCAGUCGCUGCUCACUCAGUAACGCCCCCCAUAGGCAGUAACAGUAUCUGCAGCAGCAGUUCCACAAUAGUUACUAGCAACAGUACUACUACAACAGCUACCAGCAACAGCUCUACCACGACCGGGACCCCCAUCGUCUCCACCAGCAGCUCCACCACCGCUGUCUCUCCGGCUUUGCCUAUCGACGUGAAUUGGCUGUUUAUUUGCGACUGGCGCAACUGCCCGCGUCGAAAAUUCAAAUCACUCAACGAGCUACAGCACCAUAUGUGGCGAGUCCACUGUCCAGAUCAUAUAGACGCCGCUGCAGAAAUCUACUGUCAGUGGGGCGUUGGACCCAACUUCUGUGACAGCAUACCCCGCAAACGUUAUUCGCUGAUGACUCACCUGUUUGAUCGCCAUUUAACGCCUGAAGGUCUGCGUGCCAGUGCGCAGCGACGGAUUGCCACGGGCAUUUACAAUGUUGCGCCGGCACAGCCAGUUGUUACCAUUGUACGCAACGUGGAAGCCCGAGCAGGCACCACCUCGCCGUCAGGUCGUCUGCAGGUUGGUGGGAGCGAGGCUUCGUCUCUUCCUGGGGUGAACAGCUCAGCCCUGCAGGCCAUAAAGCGACACACGAUGGACUAUAUUAAUCCCAAGGAGCUAAUGGAUGAGAACGAAGGGCCGGUCACCAAGAGCAUUCGUCUGACUGCUGCGCUUAUCCUGCGGAAUCUUGUCAACUUUACGUCAACAGCCAAACGAAAUUUGAGAGGCUAUGAACCACACCUGGCCAACGUCGCGCUUAACAAUGUAGAAGCAAGCGGAACAAUUUCCCACAUUCUGUACGAGUUGAGUCAGUGAACGGCAAUUCGAUAUCUAUUCAAGUAGCGUGUAUUUUUGUACUCCUCUUAAAAAGAAUAACAUUUAUU